GGUGGCCUUCAAGCAGCUGUUGGGACCUUCACCCCAUCCACCCACAGGGAGUUCAGCGUCCCGGCCUCUCUCUAGCCCUGGGUGAGCCUGGGGCAAAUGUGCCUCUGGUCAGCUCCCCCCUGCGCUUGGAAAGCGACCCCCGUGAGCACCAGGUUCAAAGGCCCGGCGCCGCAGUUCCAGCCCCUCGGAGGGGCGGGGAGGCGAAGGGGGUGGUGCGGGAGCCAGAAAAGCCCGAGCCACAGCCGGCCAGCCCUGCGCAGGGAUGGGCAGCUCGCUCUGAAAGUUCGUGACCGCCUCAGCCAACUAACUCUGAGCCCUGGGACGCGCAGUUCAGGCAGCGGCAGGACUCGAAAGCUGUACCCAGUCUCACUAUCCUUUUGCGGUCACAAGCGGCCACCCUCCAGGCCCGGUGCUCCCGCGCCUGAUCGGGGUUCAUGGAGCUGGGGCUGUGGCUCCUUCUCGGGCUCACAGUGACCUCCGCUGCAGCUGCACUGCCUGCACAGCCUGGAAGUGCUGGGCAGGAGCGGGGACCAGGCAGGUCUGGGGACCAGGAGGAAAAGAGGGUGCCUGCACACCACCGACCUCGGCGCUGCACGUGCUUCACAUAUAAGGACAAGGAGUGUGUCUACUACUGCCACCUGGACAUCAUCUGGAUCAACACUCCUGAAAAGGCACAAGUUGUGCUUUCAGCAUCUGUGAUCUUCAAGAAAGGCCUUUUAGCAGGUUUCAGAGAGCAGCUGCCCAACUGUUACAAGAUCCCAAUGGAAUUUAGGGGUCGGGGGUCCUGGCUUCCUGCAGGCUAGAGCCAGCUCUGCACCCAUCGUGGCAUUUCGGGAUACCAAUAAAAGUCACCCUGUUCUGUGA